UUUAAGUAGCGCGCAUGCGUGUUUGUCAGUACUCUGCAACAUGGCCGCGGUGUGCACCGUAUCCCGUGUCCUCGGGAGAAAGAUUGUGUCAUCUAAAGCUCUUCCAGCAGUAUGCCAGGCCAACAACCGCAAAUUGCAUUUUUCCAUCUACGGCAAAAAAGGGGAUGCAAAAGUUUCAGAUGGUAUCUCCACUCAGUAUCCAGUAGUCGAUCAUGAGUUUGACGCUGUGGUAGUAGGAGCCGGUGGCGCUGGGCUUCGUGCGGCGUUCGGUCUGUCAGAGGCCGGCUUCAACACAGCAUGUGUCACCAAACUUUUCCCCACCCGUUCACACACAGUGGCUGCACAGGGUGGGAUUAAUGCUGCAUUGGGCAACAUGGAGGACGAUGACUGGCGCUGGCACUUUUAUGACACGGUGAAGGGAUCUGAUUGGCUGGGAGAUCAGGAUGCAAUUCACUACAUGACAGAACAAGCCCCCGCCGCAGUGGUGGAGCUGGAGAACUUCGGCAUGCCGUUCAGCCGCACUGAGGAUGGGAGGAUCUAUCAGCGAGCCUUCGGAGGUCAGAGUUUGAAGUUUGGUAAAGGUGGACAGGCUCACAGAUGCUGCUGUGUGGCAGACAGGACGGGUCAUUCUCUUCUUCAUACGCUUUAUGGACGGUCUUUAAGGUAUGACACCAGCUACUUUGUGGAGUAUUUUGCUCUGGAUUUGCUUAUGGAGGAUGGAGAGUGCAAGGGAAUCAUCGCACUGUGCAUGGAGGAUGGAUCCAUACAUCGUUUCAGAGCCAAGAACACAGUCAUCGCCACUGGUGGUUAUGGUCGGACAUUCUUCAGCUGUACAUCAGCCCAUACUACCACAGGGGACGGCAAUGCCAUGGUGACACGUGCUGGUCUUCCUUGCCAGGAUCUCGAAUUUGUUCAGUUCCACCCCACAGGUAUCUACGGAGCAGGGUGCCUGAUCACAGAGGGUUGCCGAGGGGAGGGUGGAAUCCUCAUCAACAGUGAAGGCGAACGGUUCAUGGAACGUUACGCGCCCAAUGCCAAAGAUUUGGCCUCCAGAGAUGUGGUCUCACGGUCCAUGACUAUUGAGAUCAGAGAAGGAAGAGGUGUUGGCCCAGAAAAGGACCACGUCUACCUUCAGCUCCAUCAUCUGCCACCUCAGCAGCUGGCUUCCCGUCUGCCUGGCAUCUCUGAAACUGCCAUGAUCUUCGCCGGGGUGGACGUCACAAAAGAGCCCAUCCCUGUUUUACCCACUGUCCACUACAACAUGGGUGGCAUUCCCACCAAUUAUAAGGGACAGGUCAUCACCCAUACGAAUGGAGAGGAUAAGGUGGUGCCAGGCCUGUAUGCCUGUGGUGAAUCCGCCUGUGCAUCAGUGCACGGUGCCAACCGUCUGGGUGCAAACUCCCUACUGGAUUUGGUCGUGUUUGGACGUGCUUGUGCCCUGACCAUCGCUCAGACAGAGACUCCAGGAGAGAAACUUUCUCCUCUGAAACCCAACGCUGGAGAGGCGUCUGUCGCCAAUAUGGACAAGAUCCGCUUUGCAAAUGGCAGUACCAGGACCUCGGAGAUCAGGCUGAACAUGCAGAAGACCAUGCAGAAUCACGCCGCUGUCUUCCGCACUGGAGAAGUCCUGAAGGAGGGGUGUGUCAAGAUGGAGGGCGUCUACAAAACACUGGAUGACAUCAAAACAUUUGACCGAGGUAGUGUGUGGAACACUGACUUGGUGGAAACUCUAGAGCUGCAGAAUUUGAUGCUGAACGCAGUGCAGACGAUUGUCUCCGCUGAAGCUCGUAAAGAGAGCAGAGGUGCUCACGCCCGAGAAGACUUCAAGGCUCGUGUUGAUGAGUAUGACUUUACCAAGCCACUGCAAGGGCAGGUAAAGAAGCCUAUUGAGGAGCACUGGAGAAAACACACUCUUUCCUAUGUAGACCCGAAGACAGGAAAGGUUACUCUGAAAUACAGACCCGUGAUUGACAGCUCUCUGAACGAGGACGAUUGUGCUGCCAUUCCUCCUGCAAUCCGAUCCUAUUAAACACAUCCAAGCAUAAUGUCACUGCCCCUUUGCAUAUUAAUAAUCAGUUAAUAUAAAGGUGAAUACCUUAAGUAAUUAAUAUUUUGCUUUUGAUGUUGCUUCAAUUGCUGCAAAAAGUAUUUAGAGUUCAUUCAUUAAAACAUCAAAACAACAUGAAUGCUACGCUUGUCAGAAUCAACUGUUCUGUAACUAUAGUGAACUUUAUCAGCUGUGCAGUUUGUGCAUAUUCUCUAAAACACAUCUAUCACAAACACGUUAAAUUGUGCUGGUAGGUCAUGAAAUAUUUAAUAUUUAAAUAUUGAGUGAUGAUUGUAAUACUGUCAAGAAGCACUUACAUAGAAAAUGAAGUAGACAACGACUCUGCCAUUGCAUAGUACGGUUUCACAUUGGACCUGGUGGCCUUUAAAUAUCAAAUACUUGCAUAUGGUAAAUGUACAUCUUGCAUGUUCUGUUUUGUAAGUUCUAUUUAAACCCAAUAAAGACGAUUAGGGUGUUGAAAUUGGA